AUUUGAGUUCGUCGGGCAGGGUGUGUAUUCGAGGGUCCCCGCGUUGAAUAGUAUUUUGAUAUAUUAUAUUGUCUGUAUGUGAAUAUUAUGGAAGGAAAUUCUGUAUCAUCAAACUCAAUUUCAGUGGAACCCAUUGAAGGGUUUAAAAAGCAGAUCUGUGAUGUUCUUCAGUCAACUUUCAGUCAGUUAUCUAGCAGUGAGUUGCCUGCUGCAUUAGCCUUUCUCAAUGAUGCCUUGAAGAAUUACCAAUCAGUAUUGGGGCAAAGUGAUUCCGAGUUGGAUCAGCAGCCGACUCCGCAUGCCCUAAAUGGCCAUGCCUGCAAUACAGAGAAAUUACUUCUCGAUUCUGGUGCUGUAGCCAUAGCCGGUAUGGGCGUACAACCUGUCCCACACAUAAACGGAGAUGCAGUUAGUCAUCCCCUUCACAAUCUUCCCACUGCAACGGAAUGCAUGCCUGGCAUGCAGGUACCCCAACUAAACGCCAGCCACCUCAGUGAUACCGACUUCACCUGUGGUCUCAGCUCAGGCAAGCAACCUGCAUGCCAGAGUGACCUGCAUGACAGCAACGAUAUGGGUCGAAUGGCCACUAAAGCGGAAAUCGCCGAUGUGAAAAAUGUCGGCUCAUCGGUCAAGACCCGCGUGGAAGCUGUGAGCGCGACAGAGCUUGAGAAUCAGGCGGCGCAGGCUCUCACUGAGCUGCGAUCGACACGUAAACAGACUCGACAGGCUGCGGCCAAGGCGGCCAUUGCCAUGAAAAAGGCUAUCGGUAGCCAGCUGGAUGACGAAGAGAAGGGAAGUGGUGCGCAUCCCACAGCCCCAUUGACACGUACAGCAACUGCCAGACGAGCGGCAGGAUCCGUCCGCAGAAAGGUUGGCAUGGCGACGAAGAGCAGUGGCCGAGAGUCGGGGAGAGGCAUUCCACUGAAGAGGCCGCAGAAUAAUGCUGAAGCUGAGAACGGGUUGGUGCUGGAGCCGGCUGUGACUACGGGUGACUCAGAGGUGGCUGAGAAGAGGACUGUAGGUGAAGUCAAGUUAAACACAUCGACGAGUUCCUGUGGGUCUCAACCACCGGCGCCGCUGAAAAUAAAUAAGCGUGGUAGAAAGAAGGGUUUCCGAGUACCGAAAAGCGACACCCCACUUCCUUGUCCCGAGUGCGAGGAGACGUUCUUUCAUAAAAAAUCGCUCACCGCUCACGUGCGCAAGCACGGCUAUGCGCCUGUGUGCUGCCGCGAGUGUAAAAACGAGUUCUACAAUGGGGCCGACUGCAAGCGGCACGUAUGCAAGAAGCAGAUGGGUCCGUUCACCUGCGAAAAGUGCAGCAUGACAUUCACGCAUUCGCAGCACUUUGACAAGCAUGUGGAGGGCCACCGCAAGAAUGACUGCCAGCUGUGCGGGCAGUUGUUUACGAAGCGGAAGGAACUGUGCAAGCACAUGCGCACCUUACACAAGGUGCCCGAGCCUGAGAAACUCUACACGUGCCAGUACUGCCCGCGCCAGUUCAUGAAGCGGCCAUCACUGUUUGUGCAUCUCAAGGAGCACUCCGGCAGCAAACCUGUGUGCCAGAAGUGUGGGCAGAUGUGUGAGACGGAAGCGUCGUACGAGCAGCACAUGAACUGGCAUUCGGAGGAGGCGCCGUACUGCUGUCUCAAGUGUGGCGAGGCGUUCAUGCGCAAGCAGCAGUACGACCAGCACCUCGCUGGCCACCGCAAGUACGACUGCACGCUGCAGCUGUGCCGCGAGAACUUCUCGACGAAGAAAGGCCUGCUGCGGCACAUGCGCGGCAUGCACGGCGUGCUGCGCGUGCGAGAGAAGAAGCACGAGUGCGGCAUCUGCCACAAGCGCUUCCAGCGCCCGCUGCUGCUCGACAUCCACAUGCGGCUGCACACGGGCGAGCGGCCAAUACAGUGCACGAUGUGCGACAAGAGCUUCCGCACACGCCGCGCACUGCAGAAGCACGUGCUCACGGUGAGUCACAUGCGGCAGGCGGGCGAGUCGGUCGACGGCAUGCUGCAGGACAUGGAGCGGCCGUUCCUGUGCGCGACGUGCGGCGCCUCGUUUCACCGCAAGCAGGGCCUCCUGCGUCACAUGAAGGGCCACAGCGACGACCGGCCCUUCGAGUGUCCCUACUGCGAGUACAAGUGCAAGUGCAGCACGAAUCUGAAGCGGCACAUCGACCUGCACACGGACCAGCGGCGUUUCGUCUGCGAGCUGUGCGGCUCGGCUUUCCAUGCACACGCCACGCUGAAGGAGCACCACGCGUAUGUGCACUCCGAGGACCGCCUCUACUCGUGCCCCAAGUGCAGCAAGGGGUUCAAGGGCAGGAGUGGCCUGCGACGGCACCUGCGCAUCCACAGCGAGGAGCGACCGUACGUGUGCCAGUGCGGACAGUCGUACAAGCGCAUGUCGCAUCUAAAGCGGCACAUGCAGUCGCUGCACGGUACGCAGUUUCCGACGGCGCGGCCGCGCAGGGUUGACAAGGAAGAGGUAGACCCUGUGCGGGACGUGCGUGCCAACAUCAGCAUGGAUGACAUCAAGGAGUGCCUCAGCAAUCCAGCGAAGAACGAACAGGCGCCUAACGUGCAGCAGCAGCAGCAGCAACAACAACAACAACAGCAGCAGCAGCAUUCGAUGCACGUCUAUGCGGCUGCUGCUGAGCCAGAGGAGUAUGUAGAGAGUGCCUAUGAACCGAAACUUCUGGAGAUCUAUCAGCUGACGGUUCAGGGUCAGAAUGUGCAGCUCAUCGAGAAAAUUGCGAUCGACAGUGAGCAGGAGCAGCAACAGCAGCAGCAUAUCGUGCAGCAGAACUCUCACCUCUUGGCACAGAUGCAGCAACAGACAAUGCAGCCUCAGCAACUUCACGAAUCCAGCUUCUUGCCGAACUCCACCUGCACUCAGCCGAUGUCGCCGGUGGCGCAGCACGCGCAACACAUCGCCAUGUCCUCGCCGGUGCCGCAACUUGUCAUGUCAGGCGUGUCAACUCAGGUUAUGCCUACCCCGUCCCAAACUGUGGUGUCGCACCAGCCGACACCAGCACCCACACCUCACCACCCUACACCAGCGUCAACACCACACCAAGACCAGGUGCCUUCUCCAAUGAUGCAGAAUAUGCCCGUGUCGGCUGCGAGUGUCAUCAGUGAAUCUCAGGGCAGACUCGGCCAGCUACAGCCUCAGCAAUCGAUGCAGGACUUCUUUAAUAAUCCAUCGCUUGUGCAAUACAGUUACAACAACGGUUUCCCAAUCAACUAUAAUCCAACAUACUAUGAGGCAGUGUUUCACCAAACUCAGAUGGACAGCCCAAUCUCGGCAGAAAACCAAUAAUGCUAUUUACAAUUUGUACGUUCUAUGAUAAUGCAGCCUAGCUAACUAAUCACCUGCAAUUAUUAUUUUAAUACCAAUGUAUCUUUAAAGAAUGUAGGUAGAUAAAUAAUUUAUCUACAAACAUUUAUUGGCUCAUGUGGGUUGUAUCGUGCGUGUGAACUCGGCCACAUCUCACUUCAUAGAAACCAUUUCCGUAAUUAUUUCUAAUGACUGUCUAAAAGUAAUGACUAUGAAAUCAAUCUAAGGGAUAUUUUCUAAGAAUUGUAUAGGGUUCUAGUUGUAUAUAAAUGGGUAUGUAUUAUCAUGCCUAUGAAUCAAACGUGAACAUGAGGUGUUAUGCUGAGAUGCUCCUUUUAGUUCAUGAAUAAAUUGUAUGGUAAUAGUAGAACAAAUACAUGUGUCGUUUUUAUACACCAAAAUGAAAUGGGAAAACAUUAAAUUAUCAUGUCUUAAAAUGCUUUUAAACAUUUCAGUUACUGUUGAUGCAGUGGUUAGUUGCUAGUUAACCAAGAUGUACCAAUGUUCCCACAACUGCCACCACUAAUCCUUUCAAUAUGCACGAAUAUUCUUUGGGUGCUUAUUAAUUACCAAAAGAAACGAUUGUAAAUGAAGUUGCUAUAAAAUUGUUAUAUUGUACUCAUGAUAUACAAAUGAAGACAGUGUUGACUUUCUCUAUGUAUAGAUAUAUACAUGUAUGCAAACUCGUACAUAUAAAAACUGAAGUAAAUACAAAUGCUCAAACCUCUAAAUAAAAGGUUUUCUUGAUGUAUGAAUAAAAUUCAAAACUAGAACGUUGUUAUGUCUUAAAACCACAAGGUAUUUAGUAAAUCUGACGCUCACAGGUAAGCGGUAGGUUGGUGUAUAUAUUCUUUUUAAUAUAUGACACAUUGUACAAUAGUUCUACUGGUAGCAAUGCAAUCUCUAAUGUUCAUUUUGCCUCUACAGUUUUGCUAUAAUGAAUUAACCGCACUGAUGUUACCUAUCUCACAAUUUUUCACUAACGAGAUCAAAAAUAGAUGAUAAAUAGUGAGCUAGUAAUUUGUAAAAAAAAGUGCAAAAUAAAUUGAUUGCCAGCUGA